CGGCGGCCUGUUGGUCAUUCUGCAUCCAUCCCGUGCUCUCACCUUCUUUGUCUUCUUCGCUCCAGCAUGGUAUACAACCUGUCUUUCUCUGCCCUCCUUCACCGCGGAUACUUGCGUGCAUUCCCCUUCCAUGAGCGUUUUCGGCCUGCAGCAGCAAACAUGGACUGCCAGUAGCCAUAGGUAUACCUUCAUGGCAGUAUCCCAAAGCCUUCCCGGCGUCGAGUAGGCAAGAGUGCUCCACUCCUCAUGGCCAACCGCAUCGUCACCCUGCGUGCUCCCGGGCAGGAACCCGCUACCCUGAAACCGGGAUCGAGUUCGGGCAUCUUGCUGCACCUGAGCGACAGCGUCGUCCAGGAUAUCACCAAAGCGGCCAAGACGCCCGAUGCUCUGCGGUUCUCCGCUGGUCCCUCUCCAAAACUACGCAUUGGCGGCAGAACCAUUGACCUCACCAUCUCGGCGGAAGACUUUCGGACCGAGCUAUUCAUCUCCACCGCCAAUGCCUCCUCCUCCUCUUCCUCCUCCACCACAGACCUUACCUUCACCGCUCUCCUCUCCCACCAAGGCAGAGCUGCAAGCUCUACCAACAAAUCCACAGAUGACACGGCCGGCUCAGACGCCGCUCUCGCGGCUCUACAGAGCAGUCUGGCAUCGUACGAGCAGGAGAAGCAGGCCAACAAAGUGAACAUUGCCAACACGCUGCUCCCUGUGCCGAAGAAUCGCUUCGAUGCCGCCAGGAAGGAAAGGCUGGAAAGCAAGAAGAACCAACGUGCGGGCAAUCAGCAUACCUCUCAGGCUGCAAGCCCACUACCUCAUUCGAUCUCCACGCCGAAGCUGGCACCUACCUCCCUCCCUCCGAGCGAUGUCGAUGCCAAGCGGCAAGCGGCUCAGUUCCCUCUGCUUCACUUGCUUGCAAUGGCGCCGCUGACGACCGAAGCCGUGGCGGACAAGACACACAUCCCCGCCGACGAGCUCAACACCAUGUUGGCUCGGUUCGCCAAGCAGAGCGGUGGGAAAUGGCAGCUCGGCGAUCGCGCCUACCGCGACUUGGAUGUAUGGAAGUUUGCGUACUCUUGUGAGAGUGAUAGACAAGCGGCCAUCGACAACGCGAUCAAGGCGUAUGACAGGUUGAGACUCGACACCAACGAGAAGUUGUGGCAGAUGUUGUUGCCGCGGGAGGAAAGGGGCAAGGGGAAAUGCUUGUCUAAGCUGCAGCUGGGUGGUGGUGGUGGUGGAGGCGGCAAAGCGUCUCAGGGAUUGACACCACACCAUCAAUCCAGCCCGUUACUGCAUGCAGAAGCGCCGGGGGAGAGCAGUAGAGUGGCGAGCGCGGCCAACAGUCCUCGGUUGGGCGUAUCGACCCCUCGGCCCUCGAGUGGUGCCAAGGGCGAUGUGAUGAAGAGACUGCUCUCCAAGAAUCCCCAGAAAGCACGUGCAGUGGAGGAGGCGAAGGAGAAGAAACGGAAGGAGCGGGAAGCUGCAGCAGACGAACGGGAAGGCGGCAAGGCCUCCAAACGGCAGGCACCCGCCACGGGCAGCAGCAUCACCACCACCAAAGGCCAACGGGCCUUCAAGUCGGCAGAAAUUGUGCACCCGUCGGACGACGAGGACAGUGCGAACGAGGAGCCGCUGGUUAAUGAAAGAGUGAAGAAGGCAAAGGUGCAGUCCGCUUCGCAGCCGGCCGUGAAAUCAUCCUCGUCGGAUAGCGACACGCCCCUCAUCGCCCAAAAGGCACGUGAUGGUCGCACAAACACCGCACCACCAUCAAAGAGCGCCGUCACUUCCUCAUCACUCAAACCACACACCGCCAGCCACAACACGCCUCCGCAGAGGCCGCAUUCCAACAGCCUCUCCGCCCCGAACACUCACCAUAAGACCCAACGAAGCCCUCACAACAACGCCUACACUCGCCCUACCGUUCCUUCACCGCUCGGUGCCGCCCGCCCGCGUGUCGCUUCCGACGUCUCGGACCGAGGGGCGGUAGGAGUGCAGCGCAUCAGGCAAGGCGUGUACUCACCGCCCAAGGGCCUGGGGAUCAGCGAAGGCCAGCGGAAACGCCACGACACGGGCAUCAGCCUCGACUCAUCACCCGCGCACAUCCGAGACGUGAAGCGGCUGGGAGAGCACAGUUCUCCAGAGAAGGAAAGCAGGCCUUCGAACGGGCACGCGCUAGCAGACCCCGACGAGAUGGCAGCGAAGAAGAAGAAAGCCAGCCAGAAGGCUGCCAGUGCGAAGCGUAAGGCGGCUGAGCCCCCGGCAGAGCAAGCUCCCCCUCCAGCCAAGCAACGCAAACACGAGCCAGAAGGCAAGGACUCGCCCAUCGCCAAGAACCCCAACGGCCACGCUCCCCAUACUCCAUCCGCGACUGUCGAUGCACCAAACGGCACCGAUCUCGUCGGCGGCGACGAAUUGAUGAACCCCACGUGGGAGCAAGGCCUGAACACGGGCGAGAAAUAUCAAGUCUCCUUCCCCGUCUACGAGAAGCUCUAUGACGAACUGGACGAAAUGGUGAAGCGCGGAGAGAGGCCUUCGCAAGAGAAGGUGGACUUGCUGUGGAAGAUGCAGGCGACGUUGGAGCGCAUGAAGCGGGAGAUGGAUCGUGCUCACGAGGCCCCCGAUGCGCCCGAAGGUGCUAAUGCUGCUCGCUUGGCUGAGAUUGAGGAGAAGCAGAAGAAGAAGGAGCAGAGGGUCAACGGGAAAUGAGACGAAUUGGAUGGACGAUUGGUCUAUAGCGAGUGAUGAUAGUCCUCUAGCUAGACAUCUCCAACUACACUGACCAA